AUGUCUGAAAAAAAUCAACAAGUACAAUCAGCAAUUAAAAUUGAAGCUAUAAAAUCAAUUACAUCAGUUGAUCAUAGAUUUGCAACAGAAGAUCAUGAAAUUGAUUUGAAAGCUAUUCGAUCAACUAAUAUUAGUUUAGGAGAUAUUGGUAGUUCAUUGACAGAUUAUCAAAAACAAUUUAUAUUAAAAAGAUUAAAUUUUGAUAAUAUUAUAAAUUUAAGUGAAUUACCACCAUCAGCUAUAUUCAUGAUUGAAAAAAUCUCAAAUUUGACUGUUCCUGAAUCAAUUGAAAUUAUUAAAGAAGCUUUGGCCGAACAUGAUGAUGAUGUUAAUUUUCCAACUGAAGAUUAUGAAUUUAUGGAAAAAUUAGUUGCUUAUAGUCAAGAUCGUGAUGUUUCUUCUUUGCAUUCACCAGAUUCAAAAGAGCAAUGGACUGAAAAAACAGAAAGAGUUGAUGAGACUAGUUCAAAAGGUUCAAAAGAUAUGGAAGAUAAAUAUGAAUUUUUUGAAAUUCAUGAUUUUAAUUUACAAGUUAGAUUAGAAGCGGCAUUAUUAGCUUAUCAUUCACCAUAUCCAGAAGUUAGAGCAGUUACUGAUCCAUAUGAUGAUCCAUCAAUCCCUUGUGAAACCUUGAGAGUUUAUAUCGUAUCAAUUAUUUGGACUUGUAUUGGUACUUUUAUUAAUCAAUUUUUUUCAGAAAGACAACCUUCAAUUUCAUUAUCAUCAGCUGUUGUUCAAUUAUUUUUAUAUCCAUCCGGUAAACUAAUGGAAUUAAUAUUACCAAAAUACACUAUCAAAUUAGGUAAAUGGCAUAUUGAAUUGAAUCCUGGUCCUUGGAAUCAUAAAGAACAAAUGUUGGCAACUAUUUUUUAUUCAGUUUCAAAUGGUGUUUCUUAUGUUUCCUAUAAUCUCCACGCGCAAUUGUUGCCACAAUGGUAUGAUAAUGGUAAUUGGAUUGACUUUGGAUAUCAGGUGUUACUUAUCUUAUCAACAAAUUUCUUAGGUAUUUCAUUCGCUGGUAUCAUUAGAAGAUUUGCUAUUUUCCCAACAAGAUCAAUUUGGCCAACUAUCUUACCAACAAUUGCAUUAAAUAAAGCACUUUUACAAGCAGAAGUUAAAGAAAAUAUAUCAGGUUGGAGAAUAAGUAGAUAUAGAUGGUUUUUCUAUGUGUUUGCAGGUUCAUUCUUUUAUAAUUGGAUUCCUACAUAUUUAUUUGGUGCUUUUUCAUAUUUCAAUUGGCCAACUUGGAUUGCUCCAAAUAAUGUUAAAUUAGUUGCUAUAACUGGUACAGCAUCAGGAUUAGGUUUAAAUCCAUUACCAAGUUUUGAUUGGAAUAUCAUUAAUACAAACGCUUGUUUAAUUUUCCCAUUUUAUGCUCAAAUUAAUCAAUAUUUGGGAUCUUGUUUAGCAUUUUUAGUUAUUGUUGCACUUUGGUUUACAAAUUUUAAAUGGACUGGUUAUAUUCCAAUUAAUUCUUCAUCAUUGUUUGAUCACUUCGGUAAUAGAUACAGUGUUCAACUGAUUGUUGAUGAAAAUAGUUUGUUUGAUCAAGCAAAAUAUGACGAAGUUGGACCACCAUAUUAUUCAGCUGCAAAUUUGGUUUUAUAUGGUGCUUUUAUCUCAUUAUACCCAUUUUCAAUUGUCUAUGAAGGUUUUAUGAACAGGCGUCCAAUAUGGAAUGCCUUAAAAGGUUUAGCUAGGAAUUUCAAGAAUUUAAAAGGUUCAGUUUAUGACGGUUUUCAUGAUCCUCAUACAGUUAUGAUGAAAAAGUACAAGGAAGUUCCAGAUUGGGUAUUUUUAUGUGUCUUGGUUAUUUCAACUACUUUAGCUAUACUUUGUGUUAAACUUUAUCCAGCUCAAACUCCAGUCUGGGGUGUUUUCUUUGCUAUUGGUAUAAAUUUUGUCUUUUUGAUUCCUUUAACUGCAAUUUACGCAGCCACUGGUUUUUCAUUUGGUUUAAAUGUUUUGGUUCAAUUAAUUGUUGGUUUUGCACUUCCAGGUAAUGGUUUAGCUUUGAUGCUUAUUAAAGCUUUUGGUUAUAAUAUUAAUGGUCAAGCUCAAAAUUAUAUAUCUGAUCAAAAAAUGGGUUUCUAUGUUAAAGUACCACCAAGAGCAAUGUUUAGAUGUCAAAUGUUGUCAGUUUUUAUUUCAUCAUUUGUUGGUUUAGCAGUCUUAAACUUCCAAAUUAAAAGUAUUCCAAAUUAUUGUUCACCAACAAAUACUCAAAAAUUCACUUGUCCAAACUCAACUGUAUUUUAUAAUGCUUCCAUACUAUGGGGUGUAAUUGGUCCAAAGAAAGUAUUUGGUGGAUUAUAUCCAGUUUUACAAUGGUGUUUCUUAAUUGGUUUCUUAUUAGCUUUCCCAUGUAUUGCUUUCAAAUUUUAUGCUCCAAAGAAAUAUACCAAAUAUUUCCAACCAACUUUGAUCAUUGGUGGUUUCCUUUACUACGCACCAUAUAAUUUAUCAUUCUAUACCAUGGGAGUUUAUUUUUCAAUAUUUUUCAUGUGGUAUUUGAAAUCAAGAUACAGUGCUUGGUGGCAAAAAUACAAUUAUUUAUUAUCAAGUGGAUUAGACAGUGGUGUUGCUUUCUCAGCCAUUAUCAUUUUCUUUGCAGUUCAAUAUAAAGAAGUUUAUUUAAGUUGGUGGGGUAAUGAUGUUAUGUGGAAAGGUAUUGAAGGUUUAGGUGGUCAAGGUAGGUUAAAUGCUACUACAGCACCAGGCGGAUUCUUUGGAUUAAGACCAAGUGAAUAUCCAUAA